AUGCCUUAUUUCUCUCUGGUUGUUCACAGAGAAAUGUGUUUUGUUGUCAGCCAGUACAACACUGACAGAAGACGUGAAACUCUUCUUUCUUUCUUUCUUUCUUUACUUCCUUCUUUCUUUCUUUCUUUUUUCUUUCUUUCUUUCUUUCUUUACUUCCUCCUUUCUUUCUUUCUUUCUUUCUUUACUUCCUCCUUUCUUUCUUUCUUUCUUUCUUUCUUUCUUUCUUUCUUUCUUUACUUCCUCCUUUCUUUCUUUCUUUCUUUCUUUCUUUCUUUACUCCCUCCUUUCUUUCUUUCUUUCUUUCUUUCUUUCUUUCUUUCUUUCUUUUUUUUCCUCUUUUUUGUUUUUCGCUUUUUGUGUUCUCCAAUUUCUUUCUUUCUUUCUUUCUUUCUUUCUUUCUUUUCUUUCUUUCUUUCUUCAUUCUUCCCUUCCCUUCUUAUUUCCUCCUUUGUUUUUUCUUGUUUUCCUUCCUUCCUUCCUUCUUUCCUUGCUUUUCUUCCUUCCUCUCUCCCUUCCUCCCUCCCUCCCUCCCUUCCUUCCUUCCUUCCUUGCUUUCCUUCUUUCCUCUCUCCCUUCCUCCCUCCCUUUCUUCCUUUCUUCCUUCCUUCCUUCCUUGCUUUCCUUCCUUCUUCUCUCCCUUCCUCCCUCCCUUUCUUCUUUCCUUCCUUCCUUCCUUGCUUUCCUUCCUUCCUCUCUCACUUCCUUCCUUCCUUCCUUCCUUCCUUCCUUCCUUCCUAUCUACCUCCCUUCCUUCCUUCCUUCCUUCCUUCCUCUCUCCUCCCUUCCUUCCUUCCUUCCUUCCUUCCUUGCUUUCCUUCCUUAAUCUCUCCCUCCCUCCCUUCCUUCCUCUCCCUUCCUUCCUUCCUUCCUUCCUUCCUUGCUUCCUUGCUUCCUUCCUCUCUACCCACCUUCCUUCAUUCCUUCCUCUCUCUCUCCCUCCCUUCCUUCCUUCCUUCCUUCCCUUCUUCCUUCCUUCCUAUUAGCUAUAUUUAUUUUUUAUUUUUUCUUCUUCUUUCUUUUCAUUUAAUCUUACUUUUCUGUCGUUUUAUUUUCUUCUCUCGCUUUAUUGCCUAUUAUUUUUCUUUUUUUGUUCUCUUCCUUUUCCUUUCCUUAACUCCUUCUUCCUUACUUUACUCUCCUCCUACUCUUAUAUUCCUUUUCUUUCUUUGUCUUUUCAUUUCUUUUUUCCUUUCUUUCUCUCUUUAUUUUCUUUUCUUUCAUGUCUUUUCUUUCUUUGUUUCUUUACUUUCGUUUUUUUCUCUUAUACUUCCUUUUCUUUUCUUUCCUUGUGUCUAUUUUUUACUUUGUUUCUUUUCUAUCUUUCGUUCUUUCUUUCUUUCCUUUUUUCUUUCUUUUUUUUUUUUUUAUUUAUUUCUUUCCACCCAUACUUUCUCUUCGUUAUUUGCCUUUCUUUUUCAUCCUUUUUCUAUUUUUUUUUUAAAUCAACUCAUCAUUUGCAUUUCUUUUCCCUCGACUACUCGGAUUUUUUCAACACACUUACCUCUCUAUUUUCUUUCUCUUUUUCUUUCUUUUUUCUUUCUUUCUUUCUUUCUUUCUUUCUUUCUUUCUUUCUUUCUUUCUAAUCAACCCCUUGGCAUCUAUUCUUCCAAUAAAUUAUCUUUUUUCGUCUUUGUUUCUCUGCCGCAUUCUUUGUUUCAUUCUCUCUCUCUCUCUCUCUCUCUCUCUCUCUUUCUCUCUCGCCAUUUUCUAUUUUUCCCUUUCAUUUUCAUCUUUCGCCCUUUUAUUUCUUUCAGGAUUUCCGGAUAG